AUGCGCGAAGAGCUGCGGCGCGGGCUGAAACUACAGAUCCCGGCAUACCCAGCGUCAGACUUCCGCUCCCGGCGUGCCUUCGGCGGGGCGUCCCGGCGUGCUGCGCGCGGGCGCGGGUCGCUCAGUGCGGUAGCCAUGGCGGAGCAGCGCGGCGCUUCGGAUCCGCCGCCGGACGUGGAUGGCGAUGAUUGCCUCGGGGAAUACCGGCACCUCUUCAGCCCCGACAUCCUGGCGGGCCGCGUGGCGUUCAUCACCGGCGGCGGCUCCGGGAUCGGCUUCCGCAUCGCGGAGAUCUUUAUGAGGCACGGCUGUCGGACCGCCAUCGCCGGCCGGAAUCAACAGCGUGUGGCCGAGGCCUCAAAAAAGCUGGUUGCAGCCACAGGGCAGCAGUGCCUGCCUCUGUCCGUAGAUGUCAGGCAGCCACAAACCAUCAUGACAGCAGUGGAUGAGACACUGAAACAGUUCAAGCAGAUUGACAUCCUGGUUAAUGGUGCUGCAGGAAACUUUCUGUGCCCAGCCAGCGCUCUGUCCUUCAACGCCUUCAAGACAGUGAUGGAUAUUGACACUCUUGGCACCUUCAACACCUCCAAAAUCCUCUUUGAGAAAUAUUUCCGUGACCACGGUGGGGUCGUCAUUAACAUCACAGCAACUCUGAGCUACCGAGGGCAAGCCCUCCAGGUGCACGCUGGUUCUGCUAAGGCUGCUAUAGAUGCCAUGACCCGUCACCUUGCUGUAGAGUGGGGUCCCAACAACAUCCGAGUGAACAGCUUGGCACCAGGCCCCAUCACAGGCACCGAGGGGUUCCGGCGGCUGGGUGGAAAAUUUGCCAAGGACUCAAAGCAGUUUGACACGAUCCCCCUCCAGCGUGCAGGGAACAAGACGGAGAUCGCCCACAGUGCGCUGUACCUGGCGAGCCCCCUCUCCUCCUACGUGACUGGCACCACACUGGUCGUGGAUGGUGGGAGCUGGCUGACCUCUGCCAACAGCUUCUCCGCCUUGCUGGAUGUCUGGGCCGCAGGAGCAAACAAAAAUCAAUGAUGGACAGCCUGGGAUUGACUGACGGACAGAAAUUUGACUGAAUGCUGCUUCCCUGGGACGUCUCGGGGUGGAGUCACCCAGAGUGGGAGCUGAGAGCUGCAGAGAGCAGCAGUGUGGUGAUGCUGCUGAUCCCACUCCUGCCUGGGGGAGGGAGCACCAAGGAUGCUGCAGGGAAGCAAGUGUACCCAAACUCUGCACUGUUACAGUCUUCUGAGCUGUUGUGGCUGAGAUUGUGAGGAUAGCAGAGGGGAAUGGGCUGUGGUGCUCACUGUCUAGUCUGGUUUUUCCUUUCUGGAGUCCCAGUCCUGGGUAUCUGACCACUUCCUGCUCUCUCCCCUCUCUUUGCCUGGGAGCAGCAUAGGACCCUGCAGCAGCUCCUUUUUGGGAUGGGGGAUAGCUCAGCCCAUUCUGGGUUGGGAAAAGCCAUACACUUCCCUACUGCCAGUGCUUGCUGUCAGAUCUGCAGCUUGUCCUGCUAGGAGAACGAGAUCAGCUGCAGUGCUCAGGGCAUCUUUUGCUUGGUAGCUCUUGGAUACAAAGUAGGACCAAGGUGGCUCUGACAGGGGGAUGGACAGCUUCACUUCCUCUGGGGGCUCCUGGCUGGAGCAGCAGCACACUGAGACUGGUGCAGAGGUGCCUGAGAUGUCCUUUCCGUGGGAACAAAGGUGGUGAGCCUGAGCUGUCUGUCUGUCAGCCCCCCACUGUCUGUCAGCCCUAAUAGCUCUGGCACCAAUCUCGUGCUGUCCCCUUUCUAUGUCCAGACACCACAACGGUGGGUGAAUCAGAGGCUAGCAGAAAUUCAGCCUUUGCUGAGCAGCACUGAGCUGCAGGGGCUGCACUGGGAAUGAAACGUGUGUGCUCCAGGGGCUCUGCAGUGCCCUCCUACUGCUGACAGCAGGUUUUUAGCUUAUCCUGAUUUCUUUUAAUCUGGUUUUAAAGAUUGCUGAAGAUUGGUUUCUUUUCCUACAUGAUUGUAGACUUGACAGGUUUUGCUCCUUCCUCCAGGCCACGAAUAAAGAUCUUCCAGCCUGAGCUGUG